GGUCACCUUUCAUAUUGCCUAAACCCGUACGCGAGUCGCAAUCAAGCCCGAAAUCCGUGGGCGUUAAAGCGGAACCGACCAGCCCCCUGCAUCUGAUCCGCAUCGAAUACCCUUAAACUCACCUCCAGCCUCGACUCUUACACUUGUCUUUACCUCGCCAUUUCACGUGCUCCAUUCCAGGAAGCUUCUUUGCUUUCCCUUAAAACCACCAGUCGAUCAAUUCUCACUUGAACAUUGAAGCUAACUUCUUCUCAGCAUCAUCCUCUUCUACAUAGCAUAUCCAAUCUAUCUCCAGAUGGCUUCAUCAGCUCUGAUCUCCGACACCCAGCCAUGGAAGGACUUGAAGGCGCAUGUUGAUGACAUUAAGAAGACUCACUUGCGCGAUUUAUUGAGUGACACUGAUCGAUGCAAGUCUAUGAUGGCCGAGUUUGAUGGAAUCGUGCUUGACUACUCACGGCAGCAAGCCACUGUUGAUACUGUGAAUAAGCUUUACAACUUGGCAGAGGCAGCGCAUCUCAAGGAAAAGAUUCAUCGUAUGUUUAAUGGGGAACGUAUCAACAGCACAGAGAAUAGGUCAGUGCUUCAUGUAGCUCUUCGUGCUGCAAGGAAUGCGGUUAUAAACAGUGAUGGCAAGAAUGUUGUACCAGAUGUUUGGAAUGUCCUUGACAAGAUCAAGGAGUUCUCUGAGAGGGUUCGCAGUGGUUCGUGGGUUGGAGCUACAGGGAAACCACUGACUAAUGUUAUUGCCAUCGGUAUUGGUGGCAGCUUCUUAGGCCCUCUUUUUGUACACACUGCUCUUCAAACAGACCCAGAGGCUAGCAAAUGUGCAGUAGGUCGCCAGCUGCGAUUUCUUGCAAAUGUUGAUCCUAUUGACGUUGCUAGAAAUAUUGCUGGCCUAAGUCCUGAAACCACGCUUGUUGUUGUGGUUUCUAAAACUUUUACUACUGCUGAAACUAUGCUGAAUGCACGGACACUAAGGGCAUGGAUUUCAAAAGAACUUGGACCUUCUGCAGUUGCAAAGCAUAUGGUGGCAGUUAGUACAAAUCUUACGCUUGUAGAAAAGUUUGGUAUUGACCCUAUUAAUGCUUUUGCAUUCUGGGACUGGGUUGGUGGCAGGUAUAGUGUUUGCAGUGCUGUUGGUGUAUUGCCUUUGUCUCUCCAAUACGGUUUCUCAAUUGUUGAGAAGUUCUUGAAAGGGGCAUCAAGUAUUGAUCAGCACUUCUCUUCUGCGUCAUUUGAGAAAAACAUUCCAGUACUUUUAGGUUUGUUGAGUGUAUGGAAUGUUUCAUUUCUUGGUUAUCCUGCAAGAGCCAUCUUACCUUACUCCCAAGCGUUGGAGAAAUUUGCCCCACACAUUCAACAGGUUAGCAUGGAAAGUAAUGGCAAGGGGGUAUCUAUUGAUGGUGUGCCACUUCCCUUUGCAACUGGUGAAAUUGAUUUCGGUGAACCAGGGACAAAUGGUCAGCACAGCUUUUAUCAACUAAUUCACCAGGGGCGUGUAAUUCCCUGUGAUUUUAUUGGUGUUGUGAAGAGUCAGCAACCUGUAUACCUUGAAGGGGAGGUUGUGAAUAACCAUGAUGAACUCAUGUCUAACUUUUUUGCACAGCCAGAUGCCCUUGCUUAUGGCAAGACAGCAGAGCAGUUGCAAAAAGAGAAUGUAUCGCAACAUCUAAUUCCUCACAAGACAUUCUCUGGGAAUAGACCUUCUCUCAGUAUUCUGCUUUCCUCAUUGGAUGCCUACAAAAUUGGACAGUUAUUGGCCAUCUAUGAACAUAGAGUAGCUGUUCAAGGCUUCAUAUGGGGAAUCAAUUCUUUUGACCAGUGGGGAGUUGAGUUAGGGAAGUCAUUGGCUACACAAGUCAGAAAGCAACUUAAUGCAUCUCGUACGAAGGGAGAACCAGUCGAGGGCUUUAACUUCAGCACCACAACAAUGCUAACAAGAUACCUAGAGGAAAGUUCGGAUGUCCCAGCUAAUGCUCAGACUCUUCUACCGAAGAUAUGACUCUGGAUACCUGUAUACUUCAGGUCACUGUUAUCUGAACAACUGGAAGUCAUUUUAUUAGUAUAUUUUAAUAUCACAGACAGGGCAUGUAUCCACUUGCCUCAAGUCUUUUAGAUCCUCCUAAUGUUUUAAGAUCCUUUUUCAACUAGGGCAUGGCCAUCAUGAGGGCAUGCAAAAACUUCAACAAGCACAUCUCUUUUGUGUGAUUUUUGUUCUUGAACACCAAAUAAAAGAUGAUGCAUCCAGUGGUACA